CAGCGCGCGCGCCUCUCUUUCUUGGUUUCACAUGAACUAAAACAGAUGGAAUAUUGUUUGCGCAAAAGAAGAGUUCUCCUGCAGCGCGGGAAGGGGGUAACACAGCUUGGAGUUUCUCACGUUGGACUGUAGUGAGGUGCUGAUUUGACAACCUGGAGACAUUCUGCGUAAAGUCUUACCUGGGCAUUAUGAAGAGGCAUCCAGGGGUUCUUUCAUUCUUGGGAGAGGAUGCCGUCUUUCUGAACUCGUGUUCCUAAAUCGCGGACUUGUAUUUUAAUUCGCUCACAGUUUAGUGGCUCUCCAGAAAACGGUUCAACGCCAUCUGCCCUUUUACGCGGUGCUUUUCAAAUCCAACAUGGACCGUGCGGGAUUUGCUGUUUUGAUGGUUUUGACUGUUGCGCUUCUGCGAAUUGGUGACAGUCACCAGGACACGACAGGUGGGAGGAAAGAGGGAACGGCGGCGGGCCGGGCGGUCUGGAACCAGCGGCAGUCCCGGGUGAGGAGUCACGGUCACUCGCCAUGGAGACCAGCGCACGGUGCAUCCCCUGGACCAUCCGGGACCGACACGUUUAGGACUCUACUCCGCGUGCCGAGGGCCGCACACCAGAGGCACGCCUCCAGAGCGGGGCCGGCUCGGGCUGCAGACGCCUCCCGGGAAAUCCUCGUCUCUCCGCCGCGGGAUGGUGCGCCGCGCGCCGCCAGACACCCGAGCAGCCAGCAGCACAGAGCCAGAGUGAACCUCAGGCAGAGCAGCAAGCCCAGAUCUGGCGGCACGAGGAGACUUGCUGGACCUAAUGUCUGUGGGGGUCAGCAGUGCUGCUCAGGCUGGGCGUUGGCAUCAGGAACCAAUCGCUGCAUAAAACCCGACUGCCAGCCCCCCUGCCAGAACCGGGGCUCCUGCAGCCGGCCGCAGACCUGUGUGUGUCGCUCAGGCUUCCAGGGGCCCCGCUGCGAGGAGGUGACUCCAGAGCAGGUGUACAUCCGCGAUGGAGGCGCUCUGAAGCGCGUUCAACCGGGGACCAACCCUUUCCAGAAAGACCAACCGCGGAGAAGGCCCUCGGAAAGGCAGGCCAUCGAUACCACCAAGGUCCAGACCCCGCGACCUGCGACCCCCAGACAGCCCGUGACCCAGGUGAGACGGGGACCCCCUGACUCCUCCCCUCAACAGACUGGGACCUCCCGCACUGUGAAGCGUUACCCGUCAUCCUCCAGGCCCAUAACGUCCAACAAUCUGCCGAACGGCCACGGCGGCGAGCGCAGGAACUGGCACGGUCACAGGCAUCGCAACGCGCACAGGCCGAGCGGCGGCAGCCAGCUGCCCGGGCAGUUCAACAACGCAUUAUCACCUGCAGGGGCAAACCUCACCUCCAACUUGGACCGCAUCAAGAUCGUCUUCACGCCCAUGCUGUGCCGGCGGGUGUGCAGCGGCGGGCGCUGCUACAACAGCUGUGAGAAGGGCGACAUCACCACGGUCUACAGCGAGAACUCGCAGCAGCAGUCCCCAAAGAACCAGGGCUUUCGACUCUUCUUUUGCCAGAUACCCUGUCUCAAUGGAGGCCGAUGCAUCGGCAGGGACCUGUGCCGGUGUCCAUCGAAUUCAACAGGAAAGUUCUGUCACCUGCCAGCCCCGCCUCUUGCUGCCAGACCCGCCCCUCACAACAAGGAUGCCAGCCACCAGAAACGCAAAUCUCCCCUCCACUCCAUGUACACUCUGCCACUGUCCAAUCAGCAAGUGUCUCUCCACCCAUCCUUGGUGAACGUCCACAUCCAGCACCCUCCAGAUGCCGAAGUCCAGAUCCACCAAGUCGCGUUGGUCCAGCCAGGACAGAGACCGGCCGCCGCAGAUGGGGCUCACUCGGUCCAGCAGCGCUCCCAGCCCGGGAAUGGACACGAACCCACCGAUGACCACAGCAGCAGGCACCCACACACCAGCGGAAACGGGCAUCACCCAGCCAGAACGCACAACCAUCAGAACGGACACGUCGGGAGAUGCUUUCAAGAGACAGAUGAUGGACAGUGCGGCAGGCCUCUGCCAGGCCUAACCAAACAGGAUGAUUGCUGUGGAAGCGUGGGCGCCUCCUGGGGUCUCAACAAGUGCCAAAAGUGUCCGACCAAACCAGCAUAUGCCGUGAUUAUGAACGGACAAGUGGAAUGUCCCAAAGGUUUCAAACGGACGAACCUCACUCACUGUCGAGACAUCAACGAGUGCCUGUUGCCGGGGCUCUGUAAGAACGGUGAAUGUCUCAACACCAGAGGAAGCUACAGGUGCACGUGUAAAACAGGCUUCUUGUUGGGCGCUGACCGGAGCCAUUGCGUCUCGGACAAGGCCGUGUCUGACCAGAGGGCCUUCUGCUACCGGUCGGUGUCGGCGGGCACGUGCUCCCUGCCGCUCGCUCAAGACAUCACCAAGCAGAUCUGCUGCUGCAGCCGCGUGGGCAAAGCCUGGGGCCCUGGGUGUGGCCGCUGCCCUUUGCAUGGAUCAGACCAUUUCAAGGAGAUCUGCCCAGCUGGUCAUGGGUACACCUACUCGCGCUCUGAUGUACAGAUUUAUGUGAGGCAGCUGGAGGAAGAAGACCUGCAGAGCACAGGAGUGUCAUGGGAGGAGCAAAGCCCCACUUUCCCUCAGCCUCCAUCCUCUCUGCCCUGGCUGCCCCAGCCGCCACAAGUCCACCCACACCCCGAGUACCCUGAGACACCACAAGCACCCCGCUACCCUCUGACUCCUCAGCAGCCUCUCCGUCCCACUCACCCAGCCAAACCGACACCGAUGCAGCCGGAAGAUGUGGAAAUUCUGAGCCUGCCAGCUGUUGUGACUGACUCACCACUGAAAUAUCCAGAGGCUUCUCCUGACUCCUCCAUCAUCAACAUGAGGCCGAGUUCAGAGGACAAAACCCAAACAGACUCAGCCACAGGUAUUGACAAGUGUGCCAAUGCCCCCGCCAUAUGUGGCCCUGGGAGAUGUGUUCCUGUGCAGACCGGCUACACCUGCCUCUGCGAGCCAGGGUUCAAGCUCAGCGCGCUGCAGACCAACUGCAUUGAUGUGAACGAAUGCGACGAGGACCCGUGUGAAGAGAAGGGCCGCUGUGUAAACAGCUACGGCUCCUAUACCUGUCACUGCCACAGCGGCUACAGCCAGGUGAUCACCCAGAACAGGAAGUUCUGUCAAGACAUUGACGAGUGCGCCAUGCCCAGCAAGUGCCAGGAUGCCAAAUGCGUCAACACGGAAGGAUCUUACACCUGUGAAUGCAGCGGUGGCUACGCCAAGUCUCGGAGAGGCCGAUGCGAAGAUGUGGAUGAGUGCGGAGACCCCGGCUCCUGUCCCGACGGCGUCUGCGUCAACACUCUUGGCUCCUUCCAGUGCCAUGCCUGCGGCCCGGGGUACAGGCCGGUCGAUGAAAGAUGUGCGGAUGUAAACGAGUGCUUGAACCGAACCGUGUGCGGCCGUGGCCGGUGUGUCAACACAGAGGGCUUCUACAGGUGCAACUGUUUCCACGGAUACAAACUCUCACCAGACAAUGUUUGCCAAGAUGUGGAUGAGUGCGGGCUCCCCGGAUUGUGUCUACACGGCCGCUGUGUCAAUUUGGACGGCGCCCACAAAUGCACCUGUAACUAUGGUUACCAAGUCACCUCAGACGGCAAAGCCUGCGAAGAUGUCAACGAGUGUGCAGCUGGUAACGUGUGCCCUGCGGGAAUCUGCAUCAACGCUGCAGGUUCAUUCACUUGCCAGAACUGCAGGUCUGGGUUUGGCCCGUCAGCUGAUGGACUCAGAUGUGAAGAUAUAAAUGAGUGCGCCCAAGGGGAUCUGUGUCUUGGUGGAGUGUGUGCCAACACGGAGGGGUCCUACACCUGUACCAGGUGUAAGGCUGGCUACCGAGCGUCUCAAGACCGGCAGAGGUGUGAAGAUGUUGACGAGUGCCACUCCCUGUCUACCUGUGCCAAUGGGAUAUGUCUGAAUUCAGAAGGCUCUUACACCUGUGAGAACUGCCCUACAGGGUACAGAGUAUCCUAUGACGGGGAGCUCUGUCAAGAUAUCGACGAGUGUGCGCUGCCCACUACAUGCCCGAAGGGAACGUGUACAAACACGGAGGGAUCCUUCACGUGUAUCGUCUGUCAACCUGGUUUUAGAGUCUCUGACGAUGGACAACACUGCGACGAUGUGGACGAGUGCUCGGUGGCGAACAGGUGCCCGGGCCAGCUGUGCUUGAACACCCCAGGAUCCUACACCUGCAGGAGCUGUGAAGCUGGUCUGCGACUGUCUCAGGACGGCUACGGCUGUGAGGACGUGGACGAGUGCCAGAGGCCAGGUGUGUGCCCCACGGGCGUGUGCACCAACACAGAGGGCUCCUUCGCCUGCACCGCCUGUGACCCGGGCUUCACGGUGGCUCCCGACGGGCUCUCGUGUGAAGAUGUGAAUGAGUGUGAGGACCCCGGCCUCUGUGAGGGAGGCCAGUGCACCAACAUCAUCGGCUCCUAUGACUGCCUCUGCCCUGCUGGUCUAGAGAUGGUGGCUGGGACGUCUUGCAUAGACGUCAACGAGUGUUUAACCGUCGUGGGGAUCUGCGGAGAAGCCGAGUGCCUGAACACUCAGGGCUCCUAUAUCUGCAUCUGUCCUAAUGGAUACACCACCAUCGAUGGAAGGACCGGCUGCCAAGACGUGGAUGAAUGCAGUAAAGACAACGUGUGCAUCCAGGGCGAGUGUCUGAACACCGACGGCUCCUUCAUGUGCUUGUGUGAGGCGGGCUUCAAGUUCAACUCUGACACGGCCGACUGUGAAGACCAGAAUGAGUGCAAGGACUUUGGGAGUUUGGUGUGUGGAACCUGGCGCUGCGAAAACACCAUCGGCUCCUACCGGUGCUUCAUGGGCUGCCAACCUGGCAUCGAUGGAGAAGACGCCGCAGACUGCGAUAUCGACGAGUGCGUUAACGGAACCGUCUGUGGGAACUACGGCUUCUGCGAGAACACGGACGGCUCUUUCCGCUGCCAGUGUGACCAAGGCUACACCAACCCGCCAGGAGACAUGAGCAAAUGUGUCGACGUGAACGAGUGCGAGAUGAGCUUGGCGCUGUGCGGGGAGGCCCUGUGUGAGAACUUCGAUGGCAGCUUCCUGUGCAUCUGCCCCAACGACAAUGAGGAAUUUGAUCCCAUCACCAGCCACUGCCGCUCCCUGGCUGAUCUGGAUCCCACAUCCGCUGCUCGAGUCCCUCCGUCCGCCCCCGCCGCCGAGGAGAGGAAAGAGUGCUACUAUAACCUGAACGACGCCAACUUCUGCGACAACGUCUUGUCUCGCAACACCACCAAGCGGGAGUGCUGCUGCACGGUGGGGGCCGGCUGGGGGGACGACUGCGAGAUCCACGCCUGUCCUCUCCAAGGAAGAGAUGAUUAUAACCAGCUGUGCCCGCAUGGCAGUGGAUUAUUACCGCUGCCUGUUUCCUCUACACACUAUGUGGGGGGACAGGACCCUUACAGAGAUGCAGACGAGUGUGAGAUGUUUGGAUCAGACAUCUGUAAGAAUGGACAGUGUUCAAAUCUCUUUUCUACUUACACCUGCUACUGCCGCUCGGGCUUCUACUACGACAACCUCCGGCUGGAGUGCAUGGAUUACGAUGAGUGCGGGUUUGGAAACGCCUGUGAAGAUGGAGAGUGCGUUAACACGGCCGGGUCCUUCAACUGUUUCUGCAGUCCUCCAUUAGUCCUGGACAGCACACGCCAGCGCUGCAUCGGCUUCAACGCCACAGAAGAAACUCUGGAGCCGGAUCACGAUGUGCACAUGGAUAUUUGCUGGCAGCAUCUUGAAGGGGACAACAUCUGCUCCCAACCCCUGCAGGGACGCAGAAGUACAUACACCGAAUGCUGCUGCCUGUGGGGCAUCGCCUGGAGCGGACAGUGCGCCUUCUGUCCCAGGAAAGACUCCGACGACUACGCGGUGAUGUGCAACCUUCCACGGAGAGGAGAAUCAGACAGUCUGCGAGAGAGGCCGGGGUACGAGUACGGUCUCGAGGGCCCAGAGGAGUCCUUCGUUCCUCCGUACUGGGACAGUUACGGCGGCCCUGCAGGACCCUAUGACAUUCCCGAUGGCAUUCCUCUCUUCAAUGACAACGACUACGGCGUUCAACAGCGACCUUUCCGCGUUCCCGUUCAACGACCACGAGAGGGGCAGCCGCGGCCAGUGGCUUCCUAUGCCGAUCGCUACGAUGGCUUUGAGGGUCUCCGGGCGGAGGAAUGUGGAAUCCUGAACGGGUGUGAGAACGGGCGCUGCGUCCGCGUGCGCGAAGGCUACACCUGCGACUGCUUCGACGGCUACGAACUGGACCUGAAGAAGAUGGCCUGUCUAGACAUCAACGAGUGUGAGGACAUCAGCGACACGGUGCCCUUGUGUCAGAACGGGCACUGCACAAACGCAGAGGGCUCGUAUAAGUGCAGCUGCUUGCCGGGCUUCCUGGCCACCGCAGAGCCACACAAAUGCAUCCCGGAGAUCCCGGAGAUCCCGGAGAUCCCGGAGAUCCCGGAGUCUGGUCUUGUGGAGACAGGAAAGUGAGACAGACUGCUGGCUUUUCCUGCUCCCUCAAAGAUCCCCUUACACCCUCUGCCCUCUACCCCAGGGGCCUGGCACUAAACCUCCAACAGCAACGCUUAGGCAUCCCAACAUGUUACCCUACACACACACACACACACACACACAUUCAAACCUCCGCACACACGUUCAAGAGGACCAGGAAUUGUGCAGUGAAUGUGUUACAUGGGAUUUAGCAUUCCCCAGAUAUCCAUUUGCCGUAAAGGGAUUGUGUGGACUGAUCUGUUUUACUCAGUAACCCCGGGCAAUUUGAUUCGCAGAUAUAUUUUCCACAUAAUCUUCUCUGUCACUUUUCUUUGUUGUGUUAUUUAUUUCAUUCGCAUGACGGGCCUCUGCAAACAUAGAAAGCGACCUAUUUCAGAGGGCGUACUUGAUUCCUCUCCGUAAUUGACCUCAGAGACGUGGGGAGAUAACGAAUGUCUUUUGGAGGAGAAGGAAUGCCAUACGAAAUCAGCCAUUCAUAAAUCAGUGUGCGCCUCAGUGUCAAACCGCUCACCAAUUGUCUCACUCAGUCAUGUUAUUAACAUUGGCCUUGGACUAAAUGGACGCCAGGGUUGAUAAACAUCAGAAAUUCAAAGAACUUUACCCACAACCGCCUUCCUAUUCUUCAAGAUUAACCACAAGCUGAAGAAUCUCCGGACCAGGAAGUGAGAAGUGACCACAGCCAAACGAACACAUUUCAAACGUCAGCCUUUACUUGGACUUGGAAAGACUGUAGAUGUAUAUGAUGAUCUUUGUAACUUUUCUUUUCUAAGGUGCAAUAUGUAGAACCUGCCUUCCUCUGUUUGACACCAUGUUGACUGUCUUUAAACCUUGUUGAGUAGGGAAACAUGGACCCAGUUGCUGAUCCCGACAGCACUACUUGUUUUAUACUUUUAACACGUUUUGACUCAUCAAAGUUAGUCUCUAGGCUACAUUCUGGUCUAACUUCUGAAACUAUCUUUAAACAUCACAGCCCUUAUGGACCAGCGUCACACCGGCAAAAAGAUCCAGAUCUCACAUCAGACCGUUGGCAUGUUUGCAUCUCUGAAUGCAGAGAGGUUUGGUAUAUUUUGUACAAAUCUAGUACUAUGUAUUAUUUUUGUUACAUACUCUCUUAAUGCAUUAUAGCACAACCAAUAUUUUUGUUUGACAUACAACAUAAAAUGUAAGAAAAAUCUGGCAUUAUAGCUUUGGAGAUUUAUACAUGACUGUAAAAAUGUUGGUUUUUUCAUGUUUUUUUGAAGCAUAUCUUUUUCUGAAUGAGGCGAGUGGCUGACACUGUACCAGAGGAACUGUGUGUAUACCCUGCCCUGUGGAGCAGACUAUGAAAUGUAUUUUUUGGAAGUGGCAGCGCUGUUCGAACUGCAGACAUUGUGUCUCUUCAAGUUCAUCACAAAGACAAUGCUUUAGAAAUACAAGCACCAACUUAUGUGUGUCACAACUUUAAGGCUAAAUAUUAGUAAUUGUGAACAUAAUUUCUCUUAGACUUUGGUGGCUCCUAAUGUCAUGAAUGUAUCAUAGGCAGUACUGGCCGACUCAUUUGGUUUCUCAACUCUCACUUAUACCUUUUUGUCUUUUAUAUUCAGGUUUAUUGGCAUUAUCUGUCUCAUGGAUUGAACUUCUCAGCAAUGCAGAAACAUGAAAGUCUAAUUCCAACUUUGGACAGCGACAAUAAGUUCAUGACUAAUAGCCUAAACAUCCAUUCAUAACCUAUUAACCUACUGUUGUACAAAUGUUUCCACUCGAUGUCCACUGAACUUUACCGUGCUGUUCAAAUUAUCGGCAAGUUGGGAUAUUUAAAGUCUUUCAAAAUCGAAAAUAACUUGAGAUAAAGGUCUGGUUGUAAAGCUGUGGUCAUUGGAAAUAUCAUGUUCAUUCAUUGUGUUGACCUCUUGACUGUAAUCGCUGUCAGCCUUAAAAAUAAAAACAUAAAAUAUA